AAUAUGGGAUGAUUUUUUUUCGCCAGCAAAUUUGUGUCUGACUUGUCCGGUUUUUUGUAUUCCGUAUUGUGCAUAUUUUCGGGAGUUAAUUUGUGCGACCCAUUGAAAGAGAAAUCCUUCCAGCGACGGUGAUAGUCUCUGCGCGUCGAAGUGGUAAAACUCUGCUGGGUGGGGUGAAUAGUGUACCGCAAAACAUCAGCAAGCAAAGCCUAAUUCCUCCCCUCUGGUGGUUGCGGUUGUCCCUGUUGACACCGUACGUGUGCACAAAAACACAGCGAUCUACGUGAAGAAUGGGUGGACUAUUCAGUUACUUUCGGGGGCUGCUAGGCAGCAGGGAGAUGCGAAUACUGAUUCUCGGUCUAGAUGGCGCCGGCAAGACGACAAUACUGUACCGAUUGCAAGUGGGCGAAGUAGUGACCACAAUACCGACAAUAGGGUUCAACGUGGAACAGGUGACGUACAAAAACCUAAAAUUCCAAGUAUGGGAUCUUGGAGGACAGACCAGCAUACGACCAUAUUGGCGCUGUUAUUACAGCAAUACAGACGCUAUUAUCUAUGUAGUUGAUUCCGCAGAUAAGGAUAGGAUAGGCAUAUCAAAAGAUGAGCUACUUUACAUGUUAAGGGAAGACGAACUUGCCGGAGCAAUACUGGUUGUAUUGGCCAACAAACAGGACAUGGAGGGAUGCAUGAGUGUAGCGGAGGUGCAUCAAGCGCUCGGACUGGAAGCGCUGAAAAAUCGAACGUUCCAAAUAUUCAAAACAUCCGCCACCAAAGGAGAAGGCCUCGACCAGGCCAUGGACUGGCUGUCGAACGCGUUACAGGCGAGAAAAUAGCUUCGGCAGGGCGAGCGUCUGUCGCGACCGAUUUUCAAACGCUUCCCUGUCCCUUCGUUACGUUCGUUCUUUUCGUUCCGCCUCACGUUCCGAUCCGUUAAGUAUGUGUAGUUUCAAGCGCGGACAACGUCUACCUGGGCAGCUGGGAUAGGAGAGAUUUCUGUAGAGUACAUUCAAACAAAGCUUUCACCGCACCGUCGUACGAAGGCGGCUAAUGGAUUUAUACUUCCAUUCCGAACCUUCCUGCGUUCGCUGUGAACGAUGCUACGAAUACACCGGCAUUUCCAUACAUUGCCAGUCCCGCAUGUCGGUCGGAAGGUUCCAUUCGGGGUUAACCUUAGCAUACUUUAUAGCUUACAUUUUGUCCUAUGCGUUAACGCUUUAAUGGUUGUGCUGGACCGUGCCCUCGAUCGUCCCAAAACAACCAUUGUUUGGAGCUUCGGAGUUAGAAUAGUUAGGGAUGUACGCUUCCCUGAAACGAUUCCUUUUUGUGUGCCACAGUGCCAAAAGGAAUGAAAAUAUCCUGCAAUACACCAGACCAAUCGUACAUCGGUAGUCUCGCAUUACCGUGACACCACACAUCUUCAUUUGCACGUACGCACUCUCCUUCCCGCUCCCGUCGGCGAUCGCGCCUGUGGUGCAGCGGAACAUCAGGUUCGUUAGAUUGAAAAGCAUUAAUUUUAUAUUUAAAACAGAAAAAAAACAUGAUGUACCAUUAAACAAAUAUUAUACAAACGUAUUAAGUUCAAGCGAACAUGGAAA